UUGAUAAAGUAAUAAAAAAAGUAGAAGAAACAUUUAAUUUAAUUUUGUUAAGGUUAAUUUUUAAAUUUUGUAAAAAUGAUGACUACCAAAUAUACUUCACUCCUAUAAAUUCUUAUUUUAAUACAUGUAGCUUGUGGAGCUGAGUAGAUUGUGGCAUAGGAGUUGACUUCAAAUUUCAAUAGCUCUGGCGUUUAAUGGGUUUCAAAUAAAGUAUCCUAAUGCUAAACGACUGAUUUUACAGAAUUUUCAAACUAAAGUGUGAUGGGAUUUUUUGGAUAAGGUGAUACUACUUCUUCUAAAACAUUUACAAAUAUUCCUCCUCAUUGGAGUCUAUCAAUCAGAUUUGACUUGAUUCUUUAUUAAUCUUUAGAUCCUAAUGAUUACAUCUAUGUUAAGAUUAAUGGAAACACAGAUACAUAUCAAAAAUAGAGUGCUGGUGGUGGAUAAUUUUUAUGCUUUCCAUCAAACGGAUGGAGGGAUGAAUUAGUCCUAUACUAUUAUAAUAUUACGCAUUCAAGUUCUUCCAUAACUGUAGCAAUUCAAUCUCAAACAGACGAAGCUAUAAGUAAUGAGGGUUAUGGUUUUAAGAAUUUUUAUCUAUAUGUAGAUACUUGUCAUGACUCUUGCUUAACUUGUAGUGGUCCUACAGCAAAUCAAUGUCUAAAAUGCCCACCUAAUUCUACUUAAAGUGGAAAUACUUGCACAUGCAGUCCGGGUUACUCUGCGUUAAGCAAUUAAUGCAUUCUAACUUGUCAAGCAGGAUACGUUAAAGAUUCUACAGGUUAACUGUGUGUUUAAGAUUUUUGUAGCACUUCUACAUGUAAUACUUGCUCAAGUGGUUUGUGUACAUCUUGUAAAUCAGGAUUUUUUUUACUAAACGGAUAUUGUGUAUCAAGCUGCCCAUCAUACUCUACAUUAAAUGGGUAGUAAUGUUAAGAUUUAAAAUCUUUAACUAGCUAUGGAAACUAUUUGCUGUAAACUAUGUUUAAUACAUAUUUUGGUGAGAGUGAAAUUAAAGGCGCUGGCCUCACUACCUCAGGAUUUUUAGGUUUUAAUUCGAAAUCUAGUAGGGCAUUAACAACUGUUUGUAAUGGUAAAACAAUAUUAGGUGGAGCAUAUUUAAGUUCACUGAAUGCUUAGAUUUCUAGUUCGUUUACUGGAUUAUAACCUCACUGGUCUAUUGCAAUAGGAUAUACUUUAUAUAAAAUUGAUUCAUGGGAUAAUGAAAAUGUUUAAUUAAUUGUAGAUGGAAGUGCUUAGAUUACAACAGUAAGAGGCUUAAGUGAUGGGGGUGCAAAUUUAUGUGGAAGAGUAUAAUAUAAUGAUUAAAUAAUCUACAAUUUUAAAAAUUUUACACAUACAAGUACUUCGCUUAGCUUAUAAUUCAAAACAAAUUUAGACACAGAACCUUUUGAUGAGUCAUAUGGUAUAAGAGAGUUAUUUGUGCUUGUUGAUUAUUGUUCCCCUAAUUGUUUAGUCUGUGAUGCUAAAGGAUGUAGUAAAUGUUCCUCCAGCUAUUUUCUGUAUAACCUUUAAUGUGUAUCUACAUGCCCAGAUGGAUUUGCUACAGAUUCAAAUAAAAUUUGUCAACCAUGUGAUUCUACAUGCUUAACUUGCUCAACUCCUUAGAGCAACACUUCCUGCUUAACUUGUAAGACUAAUACAUAUUUAAAUCCAAAUAAAUCCUGUCUAAGCAAUUGCCCUUCAAAAUAUUGGACUGACCAGACUAAUUGGAAAUGUUAAGUAUGUGAUCCUACAUGUUAUAAUUGUAUAAGUCCUGGAGAUUAAAAUUCAUGUACAAGUUGCUCGGGUACUUUGUACUUAUUUUCUAAUUAGUGCAUAAACACAUGUCCUACUAAUACGUUCUAUUUAACAUAAACUAACAAUAAUAUUUGUUAACCUUGUCAUAAUUCUUGCAAAACAUGCGAUGGGCCAAACAACAAUAAUUGUUAAAGUUGUUUAGCUCUAAGUUUAUUUUAAUAGAGCUCAAAAACAUGUGUAUCUUAGUGUAAUCCAAAUCAAUACUAAAAUAAUUCAGAUCCUAACAAUUUAAUUUGUUCUUCUUGCGAUCCAUCAUGUGCAACAUGUUCAGGUCCUAAUAAUAAUAAUUGUGUUACAUGCACUGGAAGUUUAUUCUUAUAUUAAAAUUAAUGUAUUUCUAACUGUCCUAAAAAGUAUUAUAAUAAUACUCAGAAUAAUUAGUGUACUUAGUGUGACUCUAGCUGCUAUACAUGCAAUGGAAUAGCUACUAAUAAUUGUACAUCUUGUUAAUUACCUUUAUAUUUUGAACCUACAUCAAAUUAGUGUCUUUAAAAUUGCAAUUCAAAUCAAUAUCCUGACACAAAUUCUAUCUCAUGUAAAUAAUGUGAUAAUUCCUGCUUAACAUGUGAUGGUCCAUCUACUUCAAAUUGUAAAAGCUGCAUAUAAGGACUAUUUUUAUAAAGUAAAUAAUGCUUAUCUAAAUGUGAUGAUUCCUAUUUUGUCCUAUCUUCUACUAAUAUUUGCUAAAAAUGCGAUGCAACAUGCUACAACUGUUAAAGUCCUGGAGACUCAAAUUCUUGCACAAGUUGCAGUGGAUCAUUAUAUUUGUAUUAAAAUUAAUGCAUAAGCACAUGUCCUUCCAAUACCUUUCCUAUAUUAUAAACUAAUAACAAUAUUUGUUAACCAUGUGAUUAAUCAUGUCAAACUUGCAAUGGAGCUGGCAACAAUAACUGCUUGAGCUGCUAAGCCCCAGAUUUAUUUUAUUAACAAACCUCUAAAAUGUGUGUAUAAACAUGCAAUACUAAUUAAUAUUAAAAUACAAGUAAUUAAACAUGUUCUUCUUGUGAUCCUUCAUGUGCCUCUUGUUCUGGUCCUAGUAAUAAAAAUUGUCUCUCUUGCUCUGGAAACACAUUUUUAUAUCAAAACUAAUGUAUAGCCUAAUGUCCAGUAAAUUAUUAUAACAAUACUUAAAACAACUAGUGUAGUCCAUGCGACUCUACAUGCUAUACGUGUAACGGGGCUAACAAUAAUAAUUGUUUAAGCUGCAAAGCCCCUUACUUUUAUUAAUAGGUCUCUAGUACAUGUGUAUCCAAAUGCAAUUUAGAUUAAUACUAAAAUCAAAUUAAUUAAACAUGUUCUUCUUGUGAUCCAUCGUGUGCCUCUUGUUCUGGUCCUACUAAUAGCAACUGUCUCUCUUGCUCUGGUAACACAUUUUUAUUUGAAAACUAGUGUAUUACCUAAUGUCCAGUAAACUAUUAUAAUAAUUCUAAAAAUAACCAGUGUACUCCAUGUGACUCUACUUGUUUUACGUGCUAUGGAGGUUCUUCUAAUAAUUGUUAAUCUUGUUAAUUACCUAGAUACUUAGACCCUGUUCAAAAUUAAUGUCUUACAACAUGCAAUUAUAAUUAAUAUCCUGAUGCAAACUCUGUUUCAUGUAAACAGUGUGAUUCUAAUUGCUAAACUUGUAAUGGACCAUCUACAUCUAAUUGCUUAAGCUGCAAAUAAGGAUUAUUUUUGCAAAAUAAUUAAUGUGUAUAAAUAUGUGAUGGUUCUUAUUAUCCUGACCCUUAAACUAACACUUGUUAAAAAUGUGACUCUUCCUGCUAAACGUGUUCUGGACCUUCUUAAUCUGAAGUAAUUUAAAAUUGA